AUGCUUGUCAUCUGCCAGAUAUCCAACAUCUCCCUACCGGGCGUCAUUGACUAUUCAGUCCUUCUCAAUGCGUUUCUAUUCGAAGCAUCGGAAGAGCCGCGGCGGACCCUUGGCUCAAAUCCAUUCGGAAUUUUGUGUGCGAAUGAUACCAGGGGCUACGAAGUCGACAUCAGUGACGAGGACGGCGUCACUAGCGACGAGAGUGGCAAGGAGGAGGGGGCUAACGACGGGGAAAAGAUUGACGAUCCGGAGGGCCCGAAUGGGGCAACAUCCGUCCGGAUUCUUACACGCCGGUUCCAACAACGGCCGGCAAUGCUGCGAGUCGAGGUGUAUCUGGAUGGAUGCUCUUCAGGUUCUUUCUGA